GGAUGUACAAAAUCUAGAUCUAGUAUCUUCGCUGUCUUCCCAUACCUCGUCGAAGCGUUUUAUUUCACCAUCGGGUACAUCAUCGGCACCCGGGUCACCAGCUACACAUCCACCGCAUCGUAAACGACCAGCGUCCCCGAUAUCGAUUCCUGUUCUGCCAGUGGUGGCGCCCGGCGGGUCCACUCAUGACACACCUACCCUACUUGCGAUGCGUUCAAUCCCCACGGUUUUGACCAUUUGAUCAGACUGAUAAUGAAAUAUUCAUGCAAUAUGCUCAAGAAAGCUGGUUUCUUGGCGGCCCUAGCUGGUCUUUACGCCUUUCAUCUCUCCUGGAUAUUCUCCUCAUGCCGCCUGGUUUUUGGAUCCAAGAAUAUCCACUACGAAACGUUCAAACCCUCGAGCCAUUUUCCCGUACACGUUCAACCCGAGCAACUUAGUUUGCAAUUGAAGGAAUUGAGUCACUCAUGCUUGGUAUGAACAAUGCUUAUAACCCAUACUCCCAUCAUUCGGCUUGCAGUUCGAACAGUCCAACUUCUACACUAUCAUCAUGAUGUUCAAAUUGGACGUCAGAUGCUCAUCUUAGCAGGGAGCUGUCCAAUGUUAGCGCAUAUGGCCAGGUUCGUACCUCUUUGAUAUUGAAAUUGCCAGCACGGCGACUAUCGUGAUAUUGACCCUGAAUCUCUGGUCAUUGAGCAAACGAGUAAAAGACGGUGAAAAAGUAAGCUUUAAUUUGGUUGAACUGCGGUCAUUGUAGCUAACACGCAUCUGAUUUAUGGCUGGCUGGCCAUGACCCACGGUGCUCUGUUUACCCCAGACUAAACAGUACGCAGAUACCUC